GCUCCGCCCGACGCGGGGAGGAGCGCGAGGAGCGGCCGGGCUGUGCCGCGCCUGCGCCGCGGGGCCGGGGAAGCGCGCGCGCGGUGUGCGCAGCUGCCGCCGCUGCGUGGGGCCGCAGAUGGAGCCUGCCCCCGGCGCCGCAGAGAAUUCUAAGCUGAGACAUGUAGAAAAAGAUGUUUUGAUUCCACAAAUAAUGAGGGAUCGAGCCAAGGAGCUGUGUUCAGAUAAGGUGCAAGCAUUUACUAAAUGCUGUCAAGAAACUGGUGUUCUGAUGGUGGUGAAGUGUCGGCAGGAGAACGCAGCACUGAAGGACUGUCUGGUUGGCUACUAUUCUGAUCCAUCAUUCUAUGAAGAAUGCAAAGCAGAAUAUUUGAAGCAAAGAGAAGAAUACAGAGCAACUGGAAUUAAGAAAAAAAGACAGAAGUUUACUCCAAAUGUGUGAUUAAAACUUAAAAUGAACUUUUUUUUUAUAUGCAAUUUGGAUUUCACUUGAUUUAAACAGACUUAAAUUGUCUGUACCACUCUGUGUGGAGUUUAACUGAAAUACACAAAAUGAGAUGAAUGGAGAAUAAAAUAAUGUCUGAAAUUAAGAGUCAACUUUAAAACUUUUAAUAAUUAAAGAUCUAGAGUAUGCUGUCACAGUUGCAUGAGAGGUUGCAAAGGUGUGUUCCUCUAUCUGGACCUGAGAUUUUGUUAUCAGUGUACAAUUUGGAGUUUACAAUUCCAGCAUGUCCAUUUGGAGUUUAAAGCCUAUAUCUAGCUGCAUGAGCCAGGCUACAUAAAAACUUAAGGGUGAAUAAUUUAAGUUGUAUUAACUGGUCACAGAUUGGGUAUACACUGACGUUGGUCUGUUAGUCAUCUCCUGAAGCUGACUGUAUGCAGAUGCACUUACUAGAAGAGAAGGAUGGUAAAUGUUGAAGAGCUACCCAGACCAAUGUGAAUUACCCUUUUCAUCAAAAUGUUGUCAGAUGAGAGCCUGGCAGUACUUGUGCCUGCACUGUAACUCAUUUUUAAGUCUACACUGUGACGCGCUUUGAAGCCUACACUGUCAGAAGGGAUGGAUGCCUUGCGCUUGUGCGCGGCCCAGACUGACCAUUGCAACUCUAGGGGAGAAAGUAAUCUCAUCCAGACCUUCCCUGAGAACAGGGAAUAAGCUGCCAUGCUUCAGGAGUGAGUGAGUGACCACACGUGGAAAAUUAUCCCAGGCUGAGGUGAGUAAACAACUAAACCAGCCGUAGAAGAUGCAGAUCACAUUGCAGCAACUGAGCAGGUCCCUAAUUUAAAAAGAGCACACAAAUGAUCUUUUGUGUACUGAUACUUGAAGCUGCUUAAUUUUAGUUAAUUAAUUAAAUUAUUAAAAAAUUAAUUGUAAUUGCUUAAA